ACCGCACCUCCUACCCGGAAGUUAGGUCUGUAUGAUUCGGAUUUAACCAUUUUCUUUAGCGAAAAAAAAUAUUAUCUAUCCUUCUCCUUGCAGUUUGGUUAUAUAUUUUGGGAUAUAUUGAUUAGCUUUAAUUCUUCCUAUCUUUCUUUUACUUCAAUUAUUUUUAAUAUGAUAUUAAUCUUCUCUUUAAGCUUAGAAUAUAACUUUUGUAUUAAUUGUCACAAGUAGGUGGUGUGAUCGCUGCAUGCCUUUUCAUAUACACUUUAAAAUUCAUCAUAUCUCAACUGAAUCUAACUAUUUUAUUCACGCACUAAACAGAAAGUAUUUUUCCCCACUAUUUUAAUCAAGUUUAUAUAUUUUAAGCAAAUAUAUAAAAUAUUAUGCUUUAUAUGCAUACGACAAAAAAACAAGUUGACAAGUUAAGUCUUUAUACAGUAUAAAUAUUUUUCUACCCCAUUCUAUUGCAUAUCGUUAUGUAAUGUACGUAGGCGCGUGGUAAUCCGGAUAUAUAUUAAUAAUAACAAUUCCAAUUAAUUUUAAAGAUGAUUUUCUUAUAAAAAUUGUGUUUGUUCAUUAAAGUGACUUUUGAUUAAGGGUUGUGUGUUUUAAUUUUAAGAGUUGUAUUGGUUUAAAAAUUGUCAAAAUGUAAAAGUAUAUAUCUUUUCAUUUAACAAUUUAUCUUUUAAUCUUAAAAAUUACAUUAGUUUAAAAUAACUUAUCGAAAUGUAAUUUAAAAUGUAACUUUUCAUCUUAAAAAUUGCAUUGGUUUAAAAUAAACUGUCAAAAUAUAUAAAUAUGUACUUUUUCAUCUUAGUGUUUUUUCAUCCUAAAAAUUGCAUUGGUUUAUAGGAUACAUAUUAUUAAUUUAGGAAGGGUCUACAACAAUUUAGGAAAUUAAUAAUAAACAAUUAUUCUUCUAUAAUCUUAUAGUUCCCACUUGUUAGAGAUACAUGACUUUUCACUUCGAACAGUUGCGUCUUUCACCAUGUUUAUGAUAGUAUCAUCUUAAAAUAAAUACAUUUGAUUUGAGAAGUUUAGACUAUUCAUAUAAUUAUCAUUUUAGAAUAACUAAUUUUAAAUUGAAAAAAUGGAACUAUUUAAAUUGAAAAGUUGUGACUAUUCAUAUAAGUAUCAUUUCAAAAUAACUAAUUUUAAUUUGAAAAGAUGUAACUAUUUAAAUUGAAAUUUUAUGACUAUUCAUAUAGGUAUCAUUUCAAAUAACUAUUUUUAAAUUGAAAAGAUAUGACUAUUCAAAUAAAUCUUUCAAAAUCUAUAAAUAGUCUUUGUUCAUGUCUUUCUCAAAGUAAAAUUUUCAUUAUUCAAAUAAAACGAUGAAAACAAAAAUUAUAUGCAGUUACCUGGUCACGGCGCUACACUGGAGACACGGCUUCGUCGUUGGAGAUCAAUAGCGCUUGUGAGUGGUCAUUCGUGGACAUAAGAAAUGUAUGAUGUGAAGAAGAGACGCACAAAGCCCGAGCCACCGUCAUCACCCGUGAAGUUGUCGUGAGUUUAAGUGUUUUUAUCUAUGUUCCUUGUGCAUCAAGCAAUCAUUUAUCAUAAGUUGUAAUCAUAUUCUAUUAAUUUAUCUUAUCUUAUGUAUAUUUCAUUCUAAUCUUGUGUGUCGUAGAAGAGAAGCCCACGGCGGAAUUCUUAUUGUUUUUGGUGGUCAAGUCAUAUUCCCGUUCCAUAUCAAAUUGGGAGUAGAACAUCAGAGAGAAUGACAUGUUAAAUUUUUUCAAAGAGGUGCCAUUGUCAUUUGAGAAAAUGUAUUGGUUCGGGUCCUUCGGGAUGAUAAAAAGAUGUCGUCUGCUUCAACAAUCAUAAAUGUCAUUCUUUAAAUUAGCAAACAAUCAAAUUUAAAUGUGUUUGAUUAUUUUAACUAGCUCAAAAAUAUUAAGUAAUAUUUAAAAUUCAAAAUAACUUACAUAAACUAAUAAAAUAAGUAUAUUUUUAAUUGAUAUUAACAUAUUUGUAUUUUAUUUGUAAUCUAAAACUAUAAAAUAUACAUUUUUAAUAUUAUAUACAAAUAAAUAUAAAAACAUAUAUUCUACAUUUGGCGUGAGAACUUUUCAAAAAAUAAAAUUACGAAAUUUUUAUAUAAGAAUAUAAAUUACAAAGUGGAAUAUUUAUUUUAUAUAAAAUGAGUUUCCGUGCAAUAUCGCACGGGUUCCUGGCCUAGUUUGUAUAAAACUAUUCCGUGUUUUUUUUCGAAUACAACUAUUCCGUGUUAAAAAAAAAAAAAAUAUUUCGUGUUUAGUGUAAUAUUUUGCGUAGUAUAUAUAAUAGUACCUAUCAAGAUUUAUUUUCCAAGAUCAUUUCUCGUCACACGUUAGAUUCAAACAACUAAUUUUAUUAUAAACCCUUAAAAAUAAAGUCGAUGCUGUUCAUGGCAUAUAAAAUUCCUCCACGAUAUAUAAUAGUACAGAUGCAAUGUAUCACUAGUUACAGAUUAUUAAACUAAACAUACUCCAUCUCUCGACCUUUGCUAUAUAAAGAAGAUCAUUUACACAUCUUCUUUAAAGUUAAAUUAAACCCACCAGAAUACAUACAUUCCGACAAUGUCUCGUACAUGCGAAAGCUCCUCAGGCUCGUCCUCCGACAAGACCUUAAAACUGUUCGGCUUCGAACUCAUCAGCGGUAAUCGCUCGCAGGAAGUCACGACAACAGAUAGCGUCAGCUCUUCAACGAACAACACGGCGCCGUUUAAAGCGAAAAGACUCGAGUGCCAAUACUGUGGCAAAGAGUUUGCAAAUUCUCAAGCCUUGGGUGGUCACCAAAACGCUCACAAGAAGGAGAGGUUGAAAAAGAAGAGGCUUCAGCUUCAAGCUCGACGAGCUAGCAUCGGCUAUUAUCUAACCACCCACCAACAACCAAUAACGAAGUCGUUUCAGAGACAAUGCAAAACGCCGUCGUAUUGCGCGUUUUCUUCCAUGCAUGUUAAUAGUCAGAUUGGUGUGUUCAACGAGGAGUGGGCGUCGAUGUCGUCGCAGAUUAGCUUCGGUAAUAAAGACACGUGUCAAGAUCUUAAUGAGCAAAAUGGUGAGAUGGGUAAGAUGUACGGUGUGAGACAAAACAUGAUUCAGUUCCAGAGAGCAGUGCCGGUCCUGAGAUAUUUCGGGUCCAAUACGAAACCAAAAAUGUGGGCCCAAAAUGACAAUAAAAAUUUUAGUUACGAAAUUAAAAGUAAAUUUACAAUAUUUUUAAGAUUGAAAAAGUUUAUCAAUCCUAGAAAUUAUCUAUUUACUCUUUUUAUAUUAUAGACUAAUGAAAAAAAUAUUCAAGGUUUUAUUAUGUUGCAAUUUGAUUAGGAUCCAUUCUUACAUUUGUUACAAAAAAACAGUAUAAAUUGUAAGCUUUCAAGUGUAUAAAAUUAUAGGCCCCAUACCAAUGUUUCUUGAGUAUCUGCUCAAGACCGGGCCUGCCAGAGAGAUCUGACUUCUCGUUCUGACUCGAAGAGAAGCAUUCAGUCCUUGGAUCUUCAUCUGGGGUUUGCCGGAGAUAUGGCUUAACAAAGAGUGAUAUAUAUGAUUAAAGAAUGUUUACUAGUGAUGUACUUAAGUAUUUAAUUGGAAAAGAUGGAAACAAAACGAGACAAAGUAUUCUUGAUGAAAUUUGAGUUUUAUUUAUUUAGGUUA